UAUACAAAUGUUUGCGCCUAUGGUCUCCAUUUAUAAAUAAAAUUUUAAGGCACACAUUGAACUUUUUUCGAUCUUUCUAAUUAAUAUUGUUGGCUAAUUGCUAUAAACAAUUUGUUGGCUCCCACGUGAGCUUCGUUUACAAAACUGGCAAAAAGAAAUUAUUAACAAUUCGCGCAUAUUAACACGUAGUUACAAUUUGUGACAACAAAAGACGAAUAAUAAGCAAACCCAAAAAGUGAAAUAAAUAACCAAAAUAUAAAAAAAAGCUGUGGCAAUAAAGAAAGCUACGAAUGCUGAAUAACUGAUAAUAAUCAUUUCUUGAUAUACUUUUUUAAAUUUAUACUGCUCUGCAAGCAAAUGUUACGCUCUUCAGCAGUAUAAACAAGAACAAUACAUAAAAUAAAUAUAAAAACGGCGUUAAUUAUACGUUAUGGUGUUCAAUGCCAAAUCAGCUGUUAGCGCCGAGAAAAAUGGCGCUGUGAAUGAUCGUCCCUUAUUUAUGCAAAAUGGCAACAAUAACAACAAUCGACGCAUUUCGGCCAUUAAAGAUUUGGAAAUUAGUAAUUUUCGUAGUGCGCUGCCACAGUUUCUAGCUGUUAGUAUUAAGAACACCUUGUUAUUCGGCUAUGGCAUGACCUUGGGCUUUCCAACAAUUGUGAUACCCGCCAUACAGGGCGGAGAGGGACGCAGCGGGGGGAACGGCAGCGACAUAGUGCUUAGCAAAAAUGAAGUAUCCUGGUUUAGUUCCAUUAACUUGAUAUGUGUGCCACUGGGCUGCAUCUUCUCAGGAAUGCUGACCCAACCGAUGGGCAAACGACGAGCUAUGCAGUUUGUCAAUUUACCCAUACUGGCUGCUUGGCUACUGUUUCACUUCUCAACGCGCACGGAGCAUCUUUAUGCGGCUUUAUGCUUGGCUGGCCUCGGCGGCGGCUUGAUGGAGGCACCUGUGCUCACAUAUGUGGCCGAGAUUACGCAACCCAAGUAUCGUGGUAUACUGUCAGCACUGGGCACCACCUGUGUUAUAACCGGCGUGUUUAUACAAUUCAUACUCGGCUCUCUAAUGGAUUGGCGUACUGUGGCAGCCGUAAGUGCCGCCUUUCCAGUGAUAAGCAUAGUUCUACUGUGCUUUGUGCCCGAGAGUCCGGUCUGGUUGAUUCGUGAGCAACGUUUUCGUGAGGCAGUUAAGGCGCUGCAAUGGCUCCGUGGCUGGGUGCCAGAGCACAUGAUCGAGACGGAGUUCAAUCAACUCUACGACGAGCUAAUCACACAAAAGGCUAUCUCAGAUGCGGCGGAUGGUGUGAUACCAGGUCAGCGUCGCACCUUGAAAAUGCGCCUGCAUAUGUGGCGCAAGCGCACUUUUAUUGCGCCAUUCUUGCUUGUGGCCUUCACCUUCUUCACAGGUCACUUUUCCGGCAAGACGCCGCUGCAAACAUACGCUGUGCAGAUAUUCCAUACGCUAAAAGCGCCGAUGAACAAAUACCACGCCACCAUACUGCUCGGAGUGGCAGAGAUGCUGGCAACCAUAAUGGGCGUUAUUCUUAUACAUUUCACGGGCAAGCGUCCAUUGGUGCUUGUCUCAACUGUGGGCACGGGUCUUUGCUUCUUUGGUACUGCCACCUAUGCACAUUUUCUGAACGAUGUGCCCGGCUUUGCAGUCAACAAUGUGGUGGUGAAUGCCUCAGCUAUUGUACCCAAGGAGAGCAUCAUUUCCCAGGCAAAUAUAUCGAAAAUAUUUGCAGAUGAGCAGCAGCAGCAACAGCAGGAGCAGAUUUUAACCACGCUGCUGCCAGAACUGGAGAUGGACACCACCACCAGCAUGAGCUUUUUGGAUACAACAAUAAACGCAGGAACACGCGAGAAGCGGGAGCUAGAGAGCACAUUGCCGCCUGAUGAACUAGGCCUGGAAUCCACAACGAUAUUGUCAGUUGUAAGCACAAAACAGUCAACUUUGGCGUCAGCGAUACUAAGUCCGGCUACACCUAAGCCACCUAUUGUGGAGGAGCUGCUGCUAACGGUGCCCAAGCAGGAGCGCAAUUAUUUGGUUUGGGUGCCGCUUAUUCUUUUGCUGCUGUCGGCCUUCUUUUCCCAUUUGGGCAUACGAAUGAUACCCUGGGUGCUGAUCGGUGAAGUCUUUCCAGCUGAUAUACGCAACAGCGCUUCAGGAUUUUCAGGCGGCAUUGGUUAUGUAUUUGGCUUUCUGGCCAAUAAACUAUUUCUGGUCAUGCUAAGCGCCUUGACCUUGCCGGGCACCUUUGCUUUCUAUGGCACAGUGGCCAUUGUUGGUUGCAUUGUGCUGUAUUUUACGCUGCCUGAAACUGAGGGACGCACUCUUGCAGAAAUUGAAGCGCACUUCUCCAAGAAAUCCAGUGUAAAUCUCUUUAGCAAGCAACCCCCAGCGGCGUCACUUGAAAAACCACAAAAUCAAAAUGCUAUACAACUGGAUAAUCUACAAAAUUUGCAUGUGCCGAUUAGCACACAGCAACAGGCUAAGAUUAUUCAUUUGCAGCAGAGCGACUUUGCGCCAGGCCACACAAAUCCGGCCUUUGAGGAGAGUAACAAUACCACACACCUUUAGGCGUGGCGCAGCAUAGCCAACAAUAUUAGUCCCUCCAACAGCUAAAAACAUUAGUAUUAAUUACAAGAAAUAAAGUAAAAUCUUAACUAGUUUUAU